CUUUACAUAUUAUGUUAGUUUAAUCUGUAAUAUGCUGUAUAAUAGAUACUUGAAAAAACCAACUGAUGUAGAGUUAACGCUGUUUACUUCCGUCACUACUUUUUGAUGAGCCCGACAUUGUUAUUAUUAAAAACAAAAGUAAGAUGGCGGAGAAGGCGGAGCAGACUUUACCAAAAUCACCAGAUGUUGAAGAAUCGGAGGAGGCUAAAGAACCACCCCCAGCUGACGUUGUCGAGCUUUGUCAUGAAACAUUCCAGAAAACUGCAGAAUACUUGAGAGGAGAGCUAGAAGGAACUAUUGAAGACUACAAACUCUUGGAAAAGAUGAACAAAGUGACCAUCUGCAAAUACUCAGAGAUGAAGCACAUAGCACUCAGUAUUGGAAGCGCAUUACAUGAUUUGAAUGAAAAAUACAAAAGUCUCCAACCUUAUCUGGAUCAGAUUGAUGCCAUUGAGGAGAGUGUUGCAGCAUUGGAACAGGCUGCCUAUAGUCUUGACCAGUAUUCCAAGAGACUCGAGGCAAAGCUGAAGACUCUAGAACGAAGAUAAAAAUUCAUGGGUUUGAUGGUAAAGGAACACAUCCAGGUGUUUGUGUGUGCAUGCAAUUAGUUGCUUAGGAUGUAUAUAAGAUGAACAUUUGUAAGUGUACCUGUGAACUGUCUGCUGCUGAGGCAAAUAAAAGUAAAAGCUUUA